AUGAAUAAAUUAAUUCGCAAAAGCUCAUUAAAUACAUAAGCUCUUAAAGAAUAAGAGAAUAAAAAACUCAAAUAAUAUGUUCUUCAAAUGGAACUAAACCCAUCUCUUUAUGAAACUUUAACAUAAGAAUAAAUAUUUGGUAUUCUAUGCAUAAUUCUAACUAAAUCCUCCUAUCAUAGAACUCAAUCAGAAAUUGAAAUCCUUAAAAAAGCUACUAUUCAUAUAGACUAUUUUUAAAAAUUGAUUGAAAAAGAUCAAGGCCCUUUAUUAUGGGAAAGGUGCCUAAGAAAAAUGAGUUAUACAUUCCUCUCUUAUGGUUAAACAUUGUUUAAAGAAGGUGAUGUUGGUACUACUUUCUAUAUCAUUUUGUAAGGGAAAGUAUCCAUCCACAAACGAUUAAUGUUUUAAGAUGAAAUUUAAGAUAAAGAAUUAAUCUAAUUGUAAGUUGGAUAAGCGUUUGGAGAACUAGCACUUGAAAAUAAUGAGCCCCGCUCAGCUUCAGUCAAAGCCAUACUUCCAACUCAUUUAGCAGUUCUAGAAGCUGAAGAUUAUAUGGCUAUCAAAAAAACUGUGAUUAACCAACAAAGAUAAAUGUACUUUGAAGAGUUUGCUAGGUUGAGUAUCUUUAGAGAUUGGAAAUUUGCAAGUAUUAAAUCCUUAUUUGAUGUUAUUAAAUAAAGCAAAUAUGGACUAAAUCAUCCAAUAUUUAGAGAAGGGGAUCCUUCAAAUGAAGUUUACUUUAUAUCAACUGGUUAAUUUAAAGUGGUUAAGACAUUAAGAAUCCCUUAAUUAAAUGCAGACAAUAAUUCUUAAGAUGAUUUAUAAAAUUUGAAAGAUAGGUUUGCCUAUUCGAAACCAAGUCUAUCGAAUUCAGAUAAAAUAGAUAUGCUAUAUUAGAAAAAGAAGUAUGGGAAUCUUGUCAUAAGAGAUACAAAAUCAAUUAUGACAUUAAAAUUUGUUGGGGCAGGUGAGAUGUUUGGAGAAUUAGAAAUUUUAAAAUAACCUGACUUAUGCAGAUAAUUCACUUAUGUCUCAACUUUUGAAUCCAACACAGUCUAUUAUGUAUCAAAGAGAGAUUUCUUAAGAGUAUUAUAUAAUGAUCCUCCCUUAUCUUAAAGCUUAAAUUCUUUAAACGAAGAUAAACUAAAAUAGGCCUUAGCACAAAUUCGAGCAUAUGAAAAGAACUUUAUAGAUCAAACAGAAAAACAAAUAAUUCUUUAACGAGCCUAAAUCAAAGAACAACUUAAUCCGAAACUACUAACCGAUGAAGAUCUAUAAUCCACUGUGUUAGUAAGAAAUAAAACCCAUGUUUCUAAGAUUAGCAGCAAAAAACAGUAAAUUGAUAAAAAAAUUCGAGAACUUACUUUAACUUUGGAAUCACCAAAAGCCGAUAUAAACUAGAGUACAUUACUUACGUAAUUAUUUACAUCUGAAAAGCAUAGAAGAUAAAGAACUGAGUUGUAAAUUAUGUAGGAUUCUAAAAAAGGUCCUAGAAACACGAAAAUAUCUCUUGAUUAAAGACAAAAAUCUGAAAUGCCAGCUUAUGAAUCGCCAAAAUAAAAUGUAUAUAUUUGUAAUGUGCUAUCAAAAUUGUUUUCAUCUUAGCCUACAAUUAAAGCUAAAAUGAACGAAUAAGAGGAAAAAGCACUGAAAUAAUAAUAAAAAUUCAAUUUAAAAGAAAUUAAAAAAAGCACUGAUUAUAUGUAUGAUAAUUCUCGAUAAUUAUUAAAAAAAUAAGUUACGGAAAUCUCAUAAACUAGAAGGAUACACUCAACUACUUCCAGAUAAUAAACUAGUCCAUCAUCAUCUAAAUUUUGUUAAAUGGAUAAAAUGUUUUCUAAUUCUUUUAAAUUGCAUCUUCCCUUAUAUAUGUAAAAUAAAUAUUUUGGAUUAACGCCUAAAGAUUAAUGA